AUGAAGGCUCUCCUGUCAAAAUCUCACCUGCUCUCCAGAGUCGCCGCCCUUACCCUGGGUAAGACCAUCGGCGGCCCUGGCGCAGACUUCAUGGACAUCCCCGAGCCCGCCAUCUCCCCAGACGAGGUCCUCGUCAAGGUUCGCGCAGUCGCCCUGAACCCGGCCGACUACAAGCAUAUCGACGCCAUCUCCCCGCCCGGCUGUGUCAUCGGCUGCGACUAUGCCGGCGUCGUCGUCAAGGUCGGCAGCAACGCCGCCAAUUCCUGGUCCGUCGGCGACCGAAUCGCCGGUGCCGUCCACGGCGGUCUCUUCCCCGAUAGGGGUGCCUUCGCCGAGUAUCUGAAGACCGACAACGAUCUCGCCCGGAAGAUCCCCGCUGAUGUGGACGACACGGUCGCCGCGACCUUCGGUAUCUCGGCCGUGACCGCCAUGCAGGCCCUAAACGUUCGCCUCGGCCUUCCCUAUCCUGACGAGGGGAAGACCACCCAACAACAGCACCCGGCUCCUGCCAUCUUUUUGUACGCCGGCUCCACGUCCGCCGGCCUUUUCACCAUCCAGAUAGCCAAGCUUGCAGGCUACACCGUCGUCACAACCGCCUCACCACGCUCCACCGACCUAGUCAAGAGCUACGGCGCCGACGCCGUCUUCAACUACCAGGACGCCGAGGUCGCCGACGCCAUUAGCAAGCAGUACCCGGACGUCUCUCUUGCCGUAGACUGCUUCUCAGAGGGCAAAUCCUUCGCCGUCUGCGACGCAGUCCUCAAGAAUAAGGCUGGCAAGCUUAUUGCGCUGCUACCCCCGGCCAAAGCCAAGUACCCCGGUAUCGAGCACGAGCUCCUAAUGUCAUACACGCUCUUUGGCCGAUCCUUCCAGUGGCUGCCGCCUGUCGGGCCCAAGUUCCCGGCGCUGCCCAAUGACCGCAAGGCACUUGCACGUUUUUAUGUCAGCUUGCCGCAGCUCGUGAGGGACAAGACGCUCAGGCCGCCCCCGAUAUCCCUUGAGGAGGGUGGAUGGGACGGGAUCUUGGUCGGGCUUGAUAAGCUGCGGUCGGGUAAGAUGUCAGGGGGCAAGUUUGUAGUAAAGCUGUAA